CUCUCAGAGAGAGAGAGAGAGAGAGAGAGAGAGAGAGAGAGAGAGAGAGAGAGAGAUUGCAAGACUUGUGAUACUCUGCAGAAACUGUGCAGCCUGCAUUUGGCAUCUCCAACAUCUCAGGAAGAACACGAUGGACGGUAGAAAAGUGGAAGGCAGUAGUUGGUCCCAUUUGCAUCCAUAAGGGUGAACCAUGUCAUCCUUUCCCGGGGUGAAGGUACGGGGGAACGUGGACACGGUGUACGUUUCGGUGGAGGCGCUCAUCGCCCUGGCAUCGGUGGUGGGCAACGUGCUGGUGGUGCUGGUGGUGUGCGUGAACCCGGCCCUGCGGAACACCACUUUCUGUUUCAUCGUGUCCCUGGCGGCGGCUGACAUCGCCGUGGGGGUGCUGGUGAUCCCGCUGGCCGUCACCAUCAGCCUGGGUAUCAGUACGAAGUUCUACACGUGCCUCUUCCUGUCCUGCCUGUUGGUGAUCAUCACUCAGGGUUCGAUCUUGUCGCUGCUCGCCAUCGCCGUCGACCGCUACUUGAGGGUCAAAAUACCAACCAGGUACACCAGCAUUGUGACGCAGCGGCGUGCGUACGUGGCUGUCUGCCUGUGCUGGCUGGUCUCCUUCCUCGCUGGCCUGGUCCCCAUGGUGGGCUGGAACAACCGCCAGGUCUUGGGCAACCUGAGCGGAUCCGACUACAUGGUGUGCGAGUUCACCGCCGUCAUGAGGAUGGACUACAUGGUCUACUUCAACUUCUUCGGCUGGGUGGUGGUGCCCCUGGUCGUCAUGAUCGCACUCUACGCCGAGAUCUUCCGCGUCAUCCGCCGGCAGCUGAACCGGCGGGCCGAGGCCACGUCGGACGGCGAGCGCUACUACCGCAAGGAGCUGAAGCUGGCCAAGUCCCUGGCUUUGGUGGUGUUGCUCUUCGCAGUGUGCUGGCUACCUCUUCACAUCAUCAAUUGCCUGGACUUCUUCCACCCGGGCCGCGCCACGCCUAAGAUGCUGGUGUACGCGGGUAUCUUCAUGUCGCACGUCAACUCGGCGCUCAACCCAAUGGUGUACGCCUUCCGGAUCAAGCGCUUCCGCGUUACGCUGCUGGAGGUGCUGCGGGGCUGCGUGGCAUGCUGCGGUGGCGCGAGGGCGAGCCCGUAUCCCAACAGCGUGCCGCCACUCGCCGAGAAAGUGGACGCGGCCUUGCCGCAAGGUCUGCAGCGUGUCGAUGACGUGAAGCGUUUGUAGCUUUCAAUGCGGACCUUCCGAGGGACACGUUAGAGCAGCGGGUUCUCAAAAUGGGGAUCUAGAAAUUCUAGGCUGGUCGAUGAGCCGAAGUUUGGGGUACAGCGGAACGAUUGGAUUGGAUGGACAACGCUUUAGAAUGCAAUUUUUAGUCUGCAAAAAACAAUUAAAUUCAAAACUGCUUUCA